CAGCGACCCAAUGGGUGGGACUCAAUCACUUUAAAGUCGAAUCAAUAUUUGCAGCGAUUUUACGAUUUUGCUUGUUUGAAUUUAAACAAUUUUCGGGAGAUGAGCAGUCCCGAUGCGGGCUACGCCAGCGACGAUCAGAACCAGGCAAGGUGCGCGAUGUCAGUCAUGAUGCCUGGGAUGGGACACUGCCAGUGGGCCGACCCCCUCAGCCCACUCGGGGAGCCCAAGGCGAAGGGCGAGGCGUCCGCCGGGCUCGGCGCGGCUGCGGCGGCGGCCGCUGGAGGUGCGGCCGGGGGGAACCACCAGAGUCGCGGCAAGAGCGAGCCGAGGAUCCGGCGACCCAUGAACGCCUUCAUGGUGUGGGCGAAAGACGAGCGCAAGCGGCUGGCGCAGCAGAACCCGGACCUGCACAACGCCGAACUCAGCAAAAUGUUGGGCAAGUCGUGGAAGUCCCUCCCGCUGGUGGACAAGCAGCCGUUCGUGGAGGAGGCGGAGCGUUUGCGGGUUCAGCACAUGCAGGACCACCCCAACUACAAGUACCGGCCCCGCAGGCGCAAGCAGGUGAAGCGGAUUAAGCGGCUGGACUCCGGCUUCCUGCUGCACGGGGGGUCCGCCGAGCACCGGGCCCCCGGGGACGGGGGGCUGGGCUACCACGAGCACACCGGCUUCCCUCAGAUCCCUCAGCAGCAGCAGCAGCAGCAGCCCCUCGGUCACUACCGGUCGGACCCCCUCGGGGGCCCCUCGUACGAGAGCUACAGCCUCCCCACGCCCGACACCUCGCCCCUGGAUGCGGUGGACGCCGACUCCAUGUUCUUCCCCACCCAGGAGGACUCCCACAUGAUGUACGCCUACCACCCGCAGGGCCCCGAGUACCAGCAACAGGAGCCCCUCCACCACCACGCCACCCACCACCAAGGCUCCUCCUACAUGGGGCACCCCAACCCUUUGGCCGUGUACUACGGUCACCCGAAGCGGCACCCGGGGGCGGGGCAGCUGUCCCCGCCGCCCGACUGCCACCCGCACGCAGUCGCCGACAACGCGGAGCUGCUGUCCGAGGUGGACCGCAACGAGUUCGAGCAGUACCUGAGCUCCUCGGCGUCGAACUCGUUGGCGUACGGGGCCCCGCACGAGGGCGGCGCGCAGGGACACGAGGGCCUCAUAUCGUCGGUGUUGUCGGACGCCAGCACCGCUGUGUACUACUGCAGCUACAACAACUCGUAAAACCUCGGCGCCGUACUUAAUAGUUUCUGUAUCUACUGAACUCAAAGGGCAGACUACUGAAAGACGUUUUUUUUUUUUAAACAAACACUGUUUUUUAUUCUAGUUUCUCUCUCUUGCAGGGAUAUGAAGUCAUUUUGUACAGUCACUAUUUUAA